AUGAACGAAACAGAGAAAUUUGGAGGAGUGAGUGAGAGGAUGAGUCUGGAAGUGCCUCUGAUGCAGGAGGAAGGCAGUUGAGAGAGCUUGACUGAGGGAGAAGGACAAGAAGAUAAUGUUGAAGAAAAGAAAACUCCAAAGAAAAUAAUCAAAAUUAGGAACCUUAAGAAGUUAACAGCGAAGCGAAAUAAAGGAUCUAGACAAAGGUCACGUAAAAAGAGUUUGACAAAGACUAAAAGCAAGAAAAAAAAAAUAUUCAAAUAAAUUAUUGAUGAGGAAGCAAAAGUUAACCAGGAAGUACAACAGGCCGAGAGGGAUCUCCAAGAUUGAGCCCUUUCAGACUCUGGACCAAAUCACUCCUAAUUUUGAUAACCAUGUUUUGGCCAAAGAUCCAUUUCGAAGUAGAAAUAAUACCAGUGCGGGUAUUGACUUUUAUAAUCCUGGUUCUCCUUUGAGAAGAGAGUUUGCCAUGGUUUCCCACCCAACGCAGCUAGAUACUUCAUUAAGACAAUAUCGGACACACAGUAACAACCUUAUCAGCAAUCAAAAACAGAGAGGAAUAGACAGAGUCUCACUCAGCGAUAUCAGAAGAAUGGAGGAAGAGAUGUACAAAUAAACUAGGCUUGAGUAGCUACAACAUGGACACUUUUCCAACAUCCAGAAACUUCGGCAUUUCAAACCCAUUAACCCUCCCAGACCGGUUCAAAACUCUCCAAAAGAGGCCAGCUGACAAAUCCGACAUCGAAACAGUCAAACAUAGGUCUAGUGGUUUUAUUUCAAAAUUCAAGAUUAGAAGAAAGACAACAAUGAGGAGAAUCUAUGACAAUAUUAAGAGAAAUCCUGACGGAGUGACUCUUGAAGGAGGAAUGACUCAUGAUAACUUACUGAAGUUAAUUAAAUAAAUCUAGACCAAACAAAUUAAGAAGAAGAAAUUCCCCAGCUAGGCUUCUUUCUUGACAAAAAUCUUUAAAAUCAGUUGAGGAUACCAAAACUGAGAAGAAGGCUGUUCAAAAUAUGUCAGUGGAAUGCUUUGAUUUACCUCCCAUUGCGCCUUCUAAUCCAAUCCAAGAGAAGAUAUCUCUUCUAGGCCAAAAAUUUCUUGAAGACAAUAUACCUCUCGACAUGUCUAUGCGUCGGAAAUCUAUUGAAAUUGAUACUUUAGAGAUGAUUCAGAACAUAUCAUCAGAGAGUCUCCCUCUUUUUGGCAAAAUCCAUGACAAAGAGGAGCUGUUCGAAGAUUUCAGUAGGGAUAUUCAAGUAGAUUUUCUGCACCAAAAGACAAACACUCCACAACUGAAAGUGGGCAAAAGGAUAGAUUUAGACAACAAUAUUAUGCUAUUUGAGGAGGAUUUUUACAGAAAGAUUGAUUUCCUCACAUUUGAAAAUAAGAAGUUGCUACAACCCAAUAUCUACAAGAAGAACUCCUUGCAGGUGCGCUCCAAGAAUUCAGAUAAAUCGAUGAACCUUGGCAUGAGGCUCCUGGGAAAAGUAUUCAGUACGAUAAAAGUCUCGACUUGUCUUAAAUAAGAAAGAAAAAGGCAGAAAUCAGGCAGAAAUUGUUAUUGAUGGAGAGUUUUACAAAAUUGGGGAACUGAUCCAUCCAAAACUUGCGAGGGUACGAACAGGGUUAGCAGGCCUUGAGAUGAAAUUUACAAACACCUCCCCUCAGCCUCCUGAUGAACUGCAGAUGGACAAUAAGUUCACUAGCACAAUUAGAAUAGAGAACAGAAAGAACAAGAUUAUUGAGAAUAUCAUUAAGGAUAACAACUUUUCUCCUGUGAACAAAAAUGAAGGGGAUAAUCAAGAAUCUCAAGAAACGAUUUUGCCAGUGAACAAUAAGAACAAAUAACAAAAGCAAGUUUAGUAAGAGCAAAAUGCAUGAGAAAAUGUCUGAGAUCUCAGCUAGUUCUUUUUCUAGGUGCUCUUCAGACAACAGUGAUGAGCCAAGGAGAAAUAUUAACAGAGAGACAAAUCAACCAAGUUUGGUUAUCGAAAAUCUGAGCCCUAAAUAAGGAUGAAACUCUAGAUUCUAAGAACAAGGUCUCUGCUGAUUCUUCAGGAAAGGAAGAGAAGAAAUCAGAAGACCAAAAGAAACCUAAAAUUAAUGGCAUGCUUCAGAAUACGGCUAACAAAGUUAUCCAAUCAAAGAAGAAGAAGUUACCUUCUUCCUUCACAGAGCUGUUUAAUUCAAAUGCUAGAUUUCAACAAGCUGUGAAGAUAAACAGGGCUGAGACUCAAAACGACUCUGAGAUGAGGAUCUUUAGAGCCUCGAUGGUGGAGCCUCCAAUAAUCUCAAUGCCUGAAAUGACCAAGUGUGAGUUAGAGCUGAUCUCAAAGUUCACAACUGGGUACUCCUAUGCAGUAGAUAUCAAUGAGGACAAGCUCUUCAGCUUAAACCAGGUUAGGGAAAUACAAGCACUAUAUGAAUCAAGCGAUCACUUGAUCCAGGAAAUUACUGAAGGAUUCUCUCUGAUCCAUGAGAAAGUAUUUAGCUUCUUAAACUGUGACAACUCAAAAGUAACAAAUGAUGCUGAUAGGAUGAACGACGAUAACGUAAAACAGUUACUAACACAAGUUAACUUUGCAAAUGCAAAAAGAGGGAACAAGCUUAUGGCCUUCAAACAUGCUUCUUCCCAAUCGAUUAAUGACUUGAAAGAUCAGAGCAAGCAUCAGGAGAUUGAGAGGAUAACGAAGGAAUACAGCAAACAAAAUUUUUAUGAAAUUAGUUUGAAUAGAGUACUUGGAGAAGGCAGAACUAUACCUAGAUCGAAUAGAUUUAUAGAUAUUAAGUUUUUGGGCAUUGUGAGUUAUAUAAAUUAUUUUAACAUUCUGAGGAAAGAAGGAAUGUUUAUGUGAAAUUAUAAUAAUGUCUCAAAGUGGUUUUUAAGAAAAUAAAAAGAAAUCAAACUGGGAAAGUUAUAUCCGAAAUAUUCAAGAAAAUUCUUUGGAUUUAGUCUAUAAAGAACAAAGAAAAGUAAACAGUUGGCUAUAUCAGAGAGAUAGUGUCCGAGAACUCCAGGAUAUCAUAUUCUUUGACGUCAGUGCCCAAAGAUCUCCCAGAAUUCAUGCUAGUCCCGAAUAUCAAGCUGGAAUCAUGAAGAAAGUGGAUGAAUUAUAUUUAAAAUUUUACAUCAAAGCAAGAUCGACCCAAGCAGAGUUGGUCAAGCCAAAGAUGUAUAAAUCUAAAAAGGCCUUCCAAAGAUAUGAGACUAAACCACUUAACUCCUUAUCAUUCUCAGGUGAUGUCAGCGUAAUCCCUUACGGGAUCAAAGAAAGGAGUAACACAAAGAGAACAAGGGGGAGCAUUCUCAUUAAAGAAGAUACCUUUGAAGUUAAGGGAAGCCCCUAACUUAAGGUUCAACUCCUUUAGGAACAAGUUGAAAAACAUUGAU